GGCUGUUUGAGAUCGCAUUGUACGAUUUCAAAACCAAUAACUAUGAGUGCUGCCCGCUGGCAGCCGUCCCCAACGGCCUGCCGGUGCCGCCGGGGGUCUCCCUUGCGCCCCUGACCCCCAUGGAUCCACCCUCAUCCCCAUACACCGCCGUACCAGACAUGCCCACACCACCCGACGAGCCCCCGCCACCCAAUCAACCGCCACCGAGCCAACCUCCACCCAACCCACCACCACCUCCCAAACCACCGCCGCCAAAGGCCCCAUCUCCGAAACCUCCAUCUCCGCGUCCGCCACCCCUCCGAUCACCACCACCACCACCUCCCAGCCCUCCUCCUCCCAGCCCUCCUCCUCCCAGCCCUCCUCCUCCCAGCCCUCCUCCUCCCAGUCCUCCUCCCCCCAGCCCACCGCCUCCCAGCCCUCCUCCUCCCAGCCCUCCACCGUCCUCACCAUACCCACCUCAGCCCAGCCCUCUCAUAUCGCCACCACCGCUGGUGCCCCAAACACCACCUCUGGCACCUUCAAAUCCAGCGGCUCGUGCUCCUUUGUCCCCAGCCUCCCCCAACCUCUCCUUGCCGCCGCCUCUAUCCAUCCCCAGUCCUUCCCGUUCUCCAGGACCGCCGAGCUCGUCACCGGUGCCAGCCUUUGCAGUUCCUUCCCUCAGCGUGUCCCAGGGCUCAGCCCUCUUCAACCUCUUUUUGGCGCCGGACGAGGCGGGGCCCAGCUUCGACGCCGCCCGAGCGCGUUGUGGCCGUGGCGGCGGCACUCUCGCUUCGUUUCUAAACGAAGAAGAGUACACGGACGUGUGGACGCAGAUACUAGCGAGCCAGUUCAUG